AUGGCUUAUGACUUUGAAAUGACAAAGUCAAUUUAUUUCCAUCCGUCACAAACCGAAUACAAGCCGAACGUGGAGGCAAACUUGUUUAUCAGAUGGCACGUGACCACGUGCCCCAUCGGUGACACAAUCAGCUGGGACUCCCCGCCGAUCUCCGAUCCAUCCUUGAUUCUCAACAAAAGCAAUGCACCACCACCGGAGAUGGCUUCAUCACCGGCAUUGUUCACAGCUUCACGGAGACAAACACUUACAUAUCUAUUAGCGGUGUGCCCUUUUUCCAUCGCGUUCCUCGUAUUUAUCAAUUCAUCCGUCUCCUUUGUGGUCACCGAUCUCAUUGGGCUCCACGAUGGCGAAGGCGAUGCAGUUGGAACUCUGGGAUUCGCCGAUGAGCUACUGGCAUUAGCCGCGUGUCCCCUUUGGGGGGUUCUUUCAGAUCGUAUAGGUGUACGACAUGUCUGUACGUUGGGCUAUGGGGUUAUUGCCGUUGCAUUGGUUGUUUUCGUGCAGGCCACGAAUAUAUACCCGCAGCUUCUUUUGGGUAGAUUGCUCUUCAGUGUUGGCGGGUCGGCGGUAUCGACUAUGGUCACGGCCGUCUUACCUACAGUGACGGCCAAGGCACUAAGGAGACAGGCGUAUCGGGCGUCCGUUUCGUCAGAGCUGACUAUCACUCCCGACCGUGCCCGCCGUCAUCCAGCAAAUCAGGGAGAUGGCAAUUCCGAGGCAUCGCCCUCGGCCCGACUCUCUGGAUUUGUUGGGUUGUUCGCGGGAUGCGGUGCUCUGGUCUCGCUGGGCGUCUUUCUUCCUCUCCCGGCCCGUUUCGAGAAAUUGGGUCUCUCCCCAGUUGAAGCUCUGCAGCGCAGCUACUAUCUGGUUGCUGUGGUGGCCGUUCUCAUCAGCUUGAUCAGCUUUAUCGGUCUUCGUAAUCUCCCCGGAGAGGAGGAGAAAGGGUGGAGCGCAUUGUGGAAGGCUGAUCCUUCAUAUGAAUCGGAUAAUGAAGGGGAAGGGGACAUGGAUCCAAUCCGACUGCCAUACUGGAAACAGUUGACCACCGCCAUGCUUCUGGGCUUCCGAAAUCGCAGCAUCGGACUGGGAUACGUGGGAGGGUUUGUAGCUCGGGCAUCCUCAGUCGGCAUCUCACUGUUCAUUCCUUUGGCCGUCAACCAUUACUACCACGAGUCGGGACUAUGUGACGAGACUCGCGAACCGGUGUCGGGUUCAGGACUGGGCGAUAUCAAGAAAGCGUGUCCGCGCGCAUACAUCGUGGCGUCGAUACUGACCGGGGUAUCCCAACUCGUUGCACUAGUUGCAGCGCCGGCGUUUGGCUACCUCACGGACAAGUCCCGCCGAUACAAUUUCCCCCUUCUCUUUGCAGCGCUCGUUGGAGUGGUGGGGUACUUGGCAUUUGCGCUGCUGCCCAGCCCCCAGUUCCAAGGCCCGGACGGUAACGCCGGUGUGUUCGUCAUCAUGGGUCUCGUUGGCAUCAGCCAAAUCGGCGCGAUCGUCUGCAGCUUAGCCGUGCUCAGCAACGGCAUCUUGCGAGUCAGCAUCGACGACGAGACGCUAGGGAAGAUCCACGAUCAAAACGAGCGGGAGGGUAGUGGAGAGGGCGAGAACCGGCCGCUCCUAGCGGGGUCUGCCCACCGGCUACAGCACCUGGCACACCUCAAGGGAUCCAUCGCCGGGGUAUACUCGCUCUACGGUGGGGCUGGCAUCCUACUUCUCACAAAAGUGGGCGGGCUAUUGUUUGACGUAUUAUCAUCCAGCACGCCAUUCUACAUCAUGGCGGGGUUCAACGGAAUCCUCUUGGCGACGGGUAUCGUGUGUGGAGUUAUGAAUCAUGUGGCUCCAACGAUGGAGGUCACAGUGUAA